CGGAUUAAAUGAAGCCUUCACGGGCCCGUUAAGAGGCUUUGAGGUAUGUAAUGAAAUAUCUGCACUUGCACUCUAUGCGCAAAAUGCACCUGUGUAUAGAUAGUAGCCCCUGAGACUCUGGUUGGCAUCCAAAGGGAGGCGAUCAGAGGAUCAUAAAAGAUAUGCCCAGGAAAUAACCUAAUUAAUUUGAACACAUGCUGUUACAUUCAUGGCGACUGCCCAAGCUACCGAAGUUGAUUUGAAGUAGAAACUUGAUGUGGCGGAUGACGACAUCACGCUUAUUAACAGGCGGCUCGACGAGGCACAAGAUAGUGCUGCCGCGGUUGAGACCCUUUGGGCUGAGCUUGCCCGGGCCAAGGAGCAAGCCAUGAUGAGUAACACGGCUGCCAAGAAGGCAGCUGAUGCGUUAAAGGCCGAACAGGCUGCUCGGCGCCAGUGUGAGGAGAGAACAUCUUCCAUAGAGCGAGAGCUAAAGGAUGCCACUGGCAAAUGCCAAACACUCGAGGAGGAGAACAAAGCCAAGGUGGCCGAACUCGACAAGGCCUUACAAGGGGCGAGAGAAGCACGGUCCGAGUCUAGAGCGGCUCGGGAGGAGAUCCGGCAAGCUGGGGAGAUAGUGGCCGGUAAGCCCUUUCUAUUACAGACUAAAUUCGGCGAUCCGAAGUAUGCCCCGCUUAAUCAAAUGUGGAGUUCUCCAGACGCAUUCUUGGACUUGCCGAAGAGUAUCUCCGAUGCGGUGCAGUUUUUUCAAGCGCAAGAAGGGCAUGCAACGGAGAAGCUUUUCUGGUCGCAAUUCAGCACGCCAAAGCGUCCUCUGUUGCUGAACGAACAGAUGGCCCAGUGGGCCGAGCUCCACAAGAUAUUCGGAUCUGCCAUGAUGGACGUCGUGGUCCGGCUGUGGCCGACUGAGCCAAUUCCAAAUAGUUAUUUCGGUUUGGUGCAGCGACUUGUUGAUGCAGUGCCGCGUAUCGACGCCGUUAAGCGGUCAACGUGCAUUGAAGGUGCACGGAUGGCCUUUGCCCGCGUCAAGACGUACUGGGCAAAGAUGAAGGCCGUUGAUAUCGCAGCAAAGAGUCCACCCAGAGGGAAGGACCAUCACACGCCAGAGCAUUAUUUUGAGGAUGUCCUUGAGGGCGCCCGCUUGAUAGAGGGUCAGUGCUCGAAGGAUAUGAUAUUCGAGUGA